CAGCCACUUGCCACGGGACGACCUUUCGAUUGCCGUCAACUAGAGCUCCCACCGUCUGCCACAGACUCGCCCCUCUCGAUCAGAUCGAAAGCCUUUUUCCAAGGGGUCUCGCCAACGCAACACCCUCACUCUUCCCCCGGCCAAGACACUCCAGCCACAGUCGCCUUCCACCCUGGAGUGUUGACCGUCGUUCCCUGCCGACUUGUGUACUUAGAUGACAACCAUCUUUCCGACCCAAAGCUGCCAGACCUGUACCUUCCCUCAGUCCUGCUUCAAUUUCGGACCGCUUGGUCUUCACAACUCAACGUCCACGAUUCCACACCGGGGCAAAUUGCCGCAACUCCAAAACCGCACCUCCUGCCUCUCUCCCUCUCCCGCCACAAUCAGUCACUAGUCACCGCAGAUGCGUGGAAGGAUCUUGGCUUAAGUAAGGGGUUUUGAUCUCUUCACGAUACCCGCUAUGGAAGCGGGCGGAUCUGGCACUAGGCAAAGCACUUUCUCCUCUGCCAGAAACCCAGAGCACCCUGACUCCCGCCCGAGAGAUACGUUCGACGGACAGUAUAGACCUGGCCAGGCCAUGGCGACAGCAACCGUGAUGAGUCCUAGCGCUCAGUAUAAUCCACACCAACACCAACACUUUCCCUCCGCUUAUCCUCCACCGGGUCCCCCUUCCAACAUGCCCGGCAUGCUAUCUCCGACAGGGUCGCGGAGAACCUCUGAUGAGCCAGAGGCUCGCCGACAGUUACUACCCUCUAUUCGGGAGGUCAUAUCCGGCUCCAAGCCGAGCCCUUACUCGGCAACUGUUACCUCUUCAGCUCCUCCACCCCCGAGCCUGCCUUCUCCAUUCUCGCUAUCAGCCCCGCAAAGGCCGUUCUCCGACGUCUCCUCAGAAAAUCACACGUCUCCGAGGACCUUGCAUCCUCCCUCAUCCUUUCCUCCCCGAUCCGAGCCCAUGUCGGCUUUCUCAGAUCCUACCCGGCCAUCCUUAACCGGCCGACCACCUGCACCACCCCCACCACCCUUGUCCACGUAUUCGUCACAGCAACCCUCUCCUACCGAAAAGACGGAGCAUCUCGAGGCGGAACAACGGCAAGCAGCGGAGGCGCAAGUGUUUAAGACGGGUUAUCCACAUCAACUACAGCAACCACAUCAACCGGGACCGGGCCUCUAUUCGCAGACGGGACAGCUGCCGCCAGGACAGUUACCGAUUCCUGGUUACCCGCUGUCUCCUCGACAGGCAGGCCCUCCGCUUCCCUCUCCAUUCGAUCAUCAGCGUCCACCAAUGUAUGGUGAGGAGAACUUUGCUAGCAGGGGCAACACCAAGUACGAGGCGACACUGGAUCGGGCAUUCGAGGCCUGGAACUACGGCGAAGCAUUGAAUAGAGUCGCGGGCUCCGCGCGGACGUUAUUCCAUUUCGCCGAGGCAUUCGAUGCCGCUGCUAGAGAGCAGCACGGCGCACAGCCCAUACCGUCUCGGUUGCCCACGGAAAACGAAGUCACCCUGAUGCUGGACAACGUGUACAUGAUGAAAAAGUGUCUCGAGGACGUGCGGAAUAUGGUGCAGCAAAGCAGGAUCAUCAACGAGCGGACCCGGGAGAACAAUGCCCGCAAGCCCUUCGAGGAGGAUGAGCCUGGAUAUCCCGAAGCGGUCAAGGCGCAAUUUGGAAUGGGCGAGGUGAAGAGGAGGCGUGGGCGGGCAGCUCCUCCGGGUCGGUGUCACAGCUGCAACAGGAUCGACACUCCUGAAUGGAGACGAGGUCCGGACGGAGCACGAACCCUAUGCAACGCGUGCGGUCUGCACUAUGCAAAGCUAGAACGUAAACGGCAGCUUGAACAACGGUCCAUCCGGCCCAAACCUUCAGACGACCGGAGUUAAUGAACGCAAGCCACGACCCGAUGAACCGGAGGCUUCAGGUGGAUGAGAGAGAUACGGCUGGUCCACUUCCUGUUCGCCCCGGGAUU